ACACUUGGUUCGGCUUUGGCUUGAUCUUGACUUGAUUUGAGAUUCGACAAGUUCAUUCACGAGCAGACGCCCAUAUUCGACAACCAUGGCCGGGGAAAAGAAAGGAGCCAAGGUCAAGCCUAGCAACAAGGCCGGCGCUGCCGCCAAAGCCGUCCUCAAGGGACAGGGUGCCAAGAAGUUGCGCAAGAUCCGCACCUCGACCACAUUCCACCUCCCCAAGACUCUUCAACUCUCCCGAUCCCCCAAAUACCCUCGCAAGUCCGUGCCUCAUGAGCCUCGCCUCGACCACCACAAGGUGAUCAUUCACCCUCUUAACACCGAGAGUGCUAUGAAGAAGAUUGAGGAGAACAACACACUUGUCUUCAUUGUGGACGUCAAGGCCAACAAGCGCCAGAUCAAGGCUGCUCUUAAGAAGCUUUAUGACGUUGAUACUGUCAAGAUCAACACUCUUAUCAGACCCGAUGGAUCCAAGAAGGCCUACGCUCGGUUGACUCCUGAUGUGGACGCACUUGAUAUCGCCGCUACCAAGCUUGCUAUUGUUUAAAGAAAUCAAAAACUGGCAAUUUCUUUUUGUUAUGGUUGCAUGGUGGUUCGUUUUAAGAACAAAAAUGGUCUAUUUUACUUUUUUAAACACAUAGGCGGAUAAAUAAGUCCUAAAUGAAUGAUGUCAGAAGGAUC